AUGCGCUGCCCUCUGAAGCUCGCCCGUCUUUCUGGCAGGAAGGCUACGAACUCGAUCCUCAAUGCGUUUGUGCGAGCUGGAGACUGGCAAGAGGCAUUUCAGCUCCUCCAGGAUGCCGGGCGCAAUGCUGAUGUCGUCCACUUCACCUUGGGACUGCGCUCCUGUGUUUCGGCAGCUGCCUGGCAGGCCGCGUUGUCCACGCUGCCUUGGCUUGCCCGCCUGCGAGUCAGCCCGGACCAGCACCUUUUCGGCUCGGCGUUGACUGUUUGUGGCAGAGCCGCUCGUUGGAGGGAAGCAUUGGCUAUUCUUUCGCUCAACUCCGAGCCAUCACUGGUAGCGCACUCUGCAGCAAUGACUGCCUGUGAGAAGGCGGGCAAGUGGCAGAUGGUUCUCGGCAUGCUUUACCACCUGCCAAUACUACGGCUGCAGCCGGACUGUGCAUGUGCCGUUGAGAAGCUGGGCUUGUGGCGAGUUGCGGUUUGGUUGCUGGAGGACAUCGGGCGCCUCGCCCUGCAGGCUGACCUUGUCAACAUGUCCGGCGUGCUGAGUGCCCUGGGAAAAGGUCACAGGUGGAAGAGAGCACUUGCUCUCCUCUCCAGCAUGACUUUGCAGCUGCUUCGGCCGUCCACAGUCAGCUAUUCCGCAACCAUCACCGCGUGCGAGAAAGGACGAGCAUGGGAACAUGCUCUGCUUCUGUUUCGAGAGACCCGAAGACAGGUGGGGAGGAAGAUCCCGGUGGACGUUGCAAUGCUGACUUCACUGAUGGCAGCCUGUGAUGUUGGUGGUCGCUGGCAAGAUGCACUAGGCCUACUGGCCACUGCCCGGGCCAACAGGUCGGGAUAUGAAAGUUGUGAUCGCAAGCAAGACUUCAAGGCCAUGGAAGAGCUGCAGAGCACUUGUCUCAGUGCAUGCAACCGCUCAUUGCAGUGGGAAGCUGCUCUCGCCAUACUGCAAUCUGAUGUUUGCGAUUUUACUGGCCUCAACUGUGCUAUCCAAGCGUGCGCCGGGGCGUCAAGGUGGUCCUUGGCUGUUUCGAUGGUAGAAGGCUGCCAUCACACGGCGACACUGUCCGUUGUCUUGGGAGCCUGCGUGGCGUGUCAAGAGCUCCCCAUUGCUGCCGGAGUUUGCAACCUGCUGCGUAAGUCCCGCAACAACUCGGAAGAGGCAGAGACUUCCAUGGAGGCUUCCCAUCUGCACGGUGCUCUGACGUCUUGGUCUCGACAUUUAUCCCACGCCGCAGAGGUUGGUGGAAAGCCGCACGCAUCUCUGGGCAACGUAUCUUCAUCCAUGGCUCGCGGAAUGCUUGACAUGCACCAGUUGCGGGCUGUAUGUGGCGACCGAUGA